GUCGUUUGAGGCCGAUAGUUGGGCGUGUCAUUUCCGUUGCUGCAUCAUGUUGACCCGUGUAGUCCGAGCUUCCGUCACCCGCGGUGUGGCUGGCCGCCGUGCCAUCUCGUCCUCCGUGCCUCGCUUCUUGGAAGUCAAGGAGGCCACGGAAACCCAGAAAAAGAUCAUUGAAAACGAACUCGCUUUGACCCCUCGCGUGCAAAAAGUGUUGGACUUGAUCUGCGAAUUGAACUUGAUCGAAAUCUCGGAAUUGUCCACGGCUGUCCAAGUCAAGUUUGACAUCCCCGAAAUGGGCUUCGCCAUGGGCGGCGGCGGCGGCGGCGCGGCCCCCGUCGAAGAAGAGAAGAAGGAAGAAAAGACUGCAUUCGACGUCAAGCUCGUGAGCUAUGACGCCAAGAACAAGAUCAAGGUCAUUAAGGAAGUCCGAGCAAUCACGGGCUUGGGUCUGAAGGAAGCGAAGGAACUCGUGGAAUCCGUCCCCGCGGUGUUGAAGAAGGAGUUGAAGAAGGCUGAGGCCGAGGAACUGCUGGCCAAGAUCACUGAGAUGGGCGGCGUCGGCGAGCUCGAAUAAGCAGCACGUCUCCAACACCCCAUAGCUGUAGGACGGGCGUCACCUCCUUCCUUCGCACGAUAGGUGGACACAACCCAGCGUCAAAGGACCAAGACGGGCGCGCCCCUUCUUCGAUUUAAUAGAGAUAAUCCCCAACCAUAACCCAACCGAUCGUACGUUCGUCGUAGAAGCAA